AUGAGUGACCUCAACAUAUUCGUCACGUCGGACCUCACCUCCUCGGAGAGACGAAUAUCGCCGCAAUGGAGCCUCCAGUACCUCAAGCAGAAACUCGAGCAGAUCACAGGAGUAGAGCCCCACAGCCAACUUUUGCAAUAUUUCCCCAACAAGUACUCCAAUGACUUUAUUCAACUCCCAGGAACCACCCCCUCUCUGCAACCAGACGAUGAAGUCCUCUUGUCGCAAUUGGGUCUCAAGGAUUACAGCAGGAUACAUGUGAUUGACGUCGACCCCAACUCAACGACGAACCAACUCGCUAAUGAAUCAUCGCCUACAAACAUCCCCCUCCAUGGCAACAACAACACUACCAACAAUGGUGAUGAAGCUGAAUUCAAGCUUGGCGAAGAAGAGUAUCAGAAGCGGGAAGAUAGCGUGCUACGUUGGAAACAGCAGCAAAAAUUGGGGCGGUUCGACCCGCAAUACGAGUUGAUGCAGGAGAAGAUAAAAAAGGACAACGCUGCAGCCGUGGCUAAGAUCCACGUUGGCGAUCGCUGCAGAGUUAUCAAUAUCGAAGGUGAGAGACGCGGCGUGGUGAGAUUUGUGGGCAAGAUUGAGGAGUUGGACAAGGGCAAAUUGGAUUGGGUUGGCGUCGAGUUUGAUGAGCCCGUGGGGAAAAAUAGCGGCGAUAUCGAUGGGGUUGGGAUUUUCGCGUGCCGGUACAAGCAUGGCAGUUUCGUCAAGCCUUUGCAGGUUGAAGUUGGCGAUUUCCCCGAGUUGGAUCCUUUUGGUGAUGAUGAUGAUGAUGACAUGGAUGACCUGGAUGAGGAAUUGUAG